AUGCCUAAGGACAUGUCCCUCCACCCCGCCGUGGUCUGCUUCAUCGCCUGGAACCACGAGACCAAGAUGGAGAGCCCCACAUCGUGGGGAUCGAGCUCUCCUUCGUCCUUCGGACGUCGUCAUUCGUUAAUGACUCCGGCGCUGUCGAUCCUCCCAGAGCCCGCCUUUGCACCCCUACGGGAUCUCAGUGAGCCGCCCGUCCAAUCCCACUGUCCCUCCCCUUCGUUUGCAUGCCGUAGGCCGCCAUCACCGUCGUGCUCGAACUCCCGUGUACGCGUACAUGCGUGCAGCUACUGCGCUGCUUUGCUUGCGACGCUGCUGCUGCUGUGGCCCGCGCCUGCCGCUGCCGCCCAGUCCUCGCGCCGGCCGUGCCCGAGCCACCCCCGCGCUUGCUCGGCUGCUGCUGAUGCUUUACUGUUGUUGCGUCCUCGCUGCUCGCCCCUGAUGGCACAGCGUGCCGCUUCCUGCUCACCCACGGCUGUGCCUGCUACUGUCGGCCAGCCUCACCGCACCCAUUGA